AUGCUCAAACAACUCGCUCUGGGCCUGCUGGCCGCUCAAUGCGCCGUCAGCGUGCGCUUCGCCAUGUACAUUGACGAAUACCAUGUCAAUGGACUCCCCAGCUCCGAUAAGACCGAGGGCAUCGACACGGCCAUCAUGGCGUUCGCGCCCUCGAAGCUCUUCAACUCCGACUCGCCGCCGUCGUUCAAGCCGUUCGAGUCGCCCGAAACCAUGCGCAAGCGCUUCAGCCCGGACACCAAGAUGAUGAUUGCCAUUGGCGGCUGGGGCGACACUGCGGGCUUCUCGGACGGAGCCAAGGACGAGAAGACGCGGGAGCGGUACGCGAAGAACGUUGCGGCGAUGCUCGAGUCCAAUGGCUUCGACGGAGUGGGUGACCUAUCGUUGAGUGCCUUACUGACGUGGUAUGCAGACAUCGACUGGGAGUACCCCGGCGGCAACGGUGACGACUACAAGCAAGUGCCCAACUCCAAGAAGACCUCCGAGGUCGAGACAUACCCCAAGUUCCUGGCCGCCAUCCGCAAGGAAAUCGGCAACAAGACGCUGUCGAUUGCUGUACCCGGCCGCAAGCCCGACAUGAUCGCCUUCACCAAGGAGCAGGGCCCCAAGAUCUGGAAGUCCGUGGACCUUGUCAACGUCAUGAGCUACGAUCUGAUGAACCGCCGUGACAACGUCACCAGCCACGCCAGCAGCGUUCAGGGUUCCCUGGAUACCGUCGACGCGUACCUGGCUGCUGGCCUGGACCCCAAGAAGAUUAACCUGGGCUUUGCCUACUACGCCAAGUGGUUUACUACGGACCCCAAGUCGGACUGCGACAAACACCCCAUCGGAUGCGGUGUCGUGCAGCUGGAGAAGGACGAUGGAAGCGACAACGGCAAGUCUGGGUCGUUGACCUUUGAGAAGAGCACUAUGAGUGCGGCGCCGUCGGAUCUGAAGACUACGACGAAUGGCAAGUGCGGGUUUGCUGAGGGUGCCAAAUGUCCAUCCGGACAGUGCUGCAGCACGUACGGCAACUGUGGCUCCGGCGACGACUUCUGCCAGGCCGGCUGUCUCUCCGACUACGGCACCUGCAAGGGCAUCUCGAUCACCGACUCGUGGGGUCGCGCGCUGAAGGACGGCAAGACUGAUGAAAAGGCCGGCGGCCAGUACUACUGGGACUCCAAGGUCAACAUUUUCUGGUCGUGGGAUACCCCGGACAUCAUUGCGCGCAAGUUCAAGGACAUUGUUGCUGAGAAGAAGCUCGGCGGUGUUAUGGCCUGGAGCUUGGGUGAGGAUACGCUGGAGUUUGCGCAUGUCGCUGCCAUGCAGAAGGGGGUGAAGCAGUCGACCAAGUCGGACGCAUAG